AUGGACUCUCGACCCCUCACCGCCAUACCUACGCCUCUAGCAGUUGCCAUCGCCGACCGGGAGAAGCUGGGCCAGAAUGAGGCCAUACACGUAGCUCAGGAAGCCUCUCGCGACCAGAAAUACUCCGUGUUUUCUCAAGUGAUGCGCAAAUACCUUACCUACCUUCUCGGCCUCAUUCUGACCCUGUCCACGCUCACAGCAACCAUCUACUUCCCUCUGAUACCUAUGCUUAGCGCUGAGCUGGGUGUGUCGAUUCAGGCCAUCAACUUGACAGUCACUGUUUACGUUGUAGUUCAGGCCGUGUCCCCUGCCUUUUUCGCUUCACUUGCCGACGCCGUUGGCCGUCGACCGGUGCUUCUCGGACUGAUCGCCCUUUAUACAGUUGCAACUCUUGGCCUUAUUCUAUCAUUCACUUUCAGCACGGGACGGAAUGGCUACAAUGCACUGGUAGCAUUACGAGCUUUACAGAGUCUGGGUGGCUCGACCAUGCCUCCCCUAGCUUACGGCCUCACAUAUGAUAUAGUCCCUGUUGCAGAGCGAGGCAGUAUGCUUGGACCGAUGCUAGCAUUCUGCAACGGCAUUUCGGCUGUAGGCCCCAUGAUUGGGGGUGGAAUCGCGCUGGGAACUGGAGGUGUCCUUUGGGUGUGGGUAGCCCUCCUGGUGGUAGCUGCCGUGUGCCUGCUGCUGACAGGAUUCACAUUGCCGGAGACGGCGAGGAAUGUCGUAGGAAAUGGGAGCCUCCCAGCGUCCGGCGUAUGGCGGACUUGGGUAUCUUUACCCAAGGCGUUCAAAGACGGAGAGGAUCGUGGAUCGGAUACACCCCAAUCCCAAGCUCAAGCUAGCCAAGACUAUUUGAGUCAGAAGCCAGUACUGGAAUGGCAACCUCUACAGGCCUUGGACUCCUUUCGUAUUAUUUUCUAUCCGGAAGCCGCGGCGGUGCUUUGGAUGAUCGCCUCCUCCUACUCAGUCUAUUACACUUUCCAGGUAGCCAUUCCGGUUGUCUUCUCGGAGGUCUACGAGUAUAACGAACUACAGAUCGGCAUAGUGCUGCUCCCUGGCCUUGCUGGCAUGACACUCGGUGGAAUUCUAGCUGGCAAGCUUCUGGAUAGAAACUUUGCCACCAUCGCGCGGAAGUUGAACCUGGAUAUCAGCUCCAAAACUGCGCAUGCCAGCUCCCAUUUUCCUCUGGAAGUGGCCAGAUACCGGGGAAAGGCCGAGCACGACGUAUGCGUCGGCACAGAUUGCUCGGUGCGGUCUCAGUGCCCUAUCUUCCGCACUAUUGCAGCCUCUGGUUGA